AUGAAGGUUAUCGGCUGUGGCUUUGGUCGGACAGGAACCCUUAGUCUGAAAACAGCGCUUGAUGAUCUAGGCUUUGGCCCGACAUAUCAUAUGUUCGAAAACAUAAAGAACAAUGACAGCAACUUCUGGACAAAAGUCGGGCUCGAGAAAGACCCAAAACGUCGACAACAAUUUUUGAAAAAAUUCUUCGACGAGUCAACUUAUCAAAGCACGGUCGACUUUCCUGGAAAUGUCUUUUUCCAAGACUUGAUGGAAAUUUAUCCAGAUGCAAAAGUGAUCUUGUCGGUUCGAGAUUCGCCGGAAAUUUGGGCAAAAUCGGCGCAAGCGACGAUUUUCGGCUACGAAAGUGGAUCGAGGUGGAGUUUCGAAAGACUGCCGGUGGUCAAGGAGCUUUUGAGAUUUAUUCCGGGAAUCGGGUCUUAUCAGUUGACAAAAAUGAUUGAGACAAAUGUUCCAAGAAUGUAUCUUGGAAAAGAACCCGACUACUCUGUUGCUGGGCUCGCUGAUACGUAUUCUUCUUGGAGCGAAUUCUGCGAAGCUGAAAUUUCAGAAGAAAAGCUUUUGAUUUUCAAUGUCAAAGAAGGGUGGAAACCACUUUGCCAAUUUCUCCAAGUUCCAUUUCCCGAUGAAAUUUUUCCAAGAGCGAAUGAUCGAAAAACUUUCAACAACUUGCACAUUGUCAAACAAGAGGGAAGAGUCAUCAUUGCCGUUUUCGUUCUUUACUUUUUUCUUCUUUUCGCUGUUUUCGAGCUAUUUUUCUAA